UUUGGACGAUUUGGAGGAGGUAGAUCAGUACAGUUGGGCGUCAGGUACACUUGCUUGGUUGUACAGAUACCUUGGUCAGGCGUCUCGUGCUGGUGCCAGGGGUCGGCUGGUUGUCUCACACUUCUGCAGUGUUGGAUCUACGAGUACUUUCAGGGUUUCAGGCCAUCUCACUUCGAGCCACCCGUCGUUGGACCUGAUGAGGCUUGGGCUUCACGAUGGAUUGGGCAGCCGACACAUGGUUUUGUGGCUGAUCCCAGUGUGAGGUUGGUGUUCUACCGUCGAGCUCUUGACAGCUUGACCCCUUCUGAUGUGUUUUGGACACCUUUCCAUCAGAGGCCUCAUAAGGCAGUGUGUCGCUCUUUGUACAUCGGAGUGAUCCGAUUCGCUGAUAUAGGCGAGUUCUAUGAUCUAGCUCGUUGCCUCCGACAGUUUGGAUACCGACAGAUGGUACCGCCUCCCCCUUCAUGUCCAUUUCACCCAUCUAAUCCAAUCUUGUCUUGUAAUUUAUGUUGUACAUCUGUUUGA